UAUGGUGCGUAUAUAACAACGCAUGUAAAAUAUGGAGGUUUAACAUACUGUUGGUGAAGAUAUGAGCUCGUCUUGAUAUUGUUAAAAGUAAUCAAGAACUGCAUUAAUGGUACGGUUGGCCUUCGUAAGAAUUGACUCCAUGACGUCACGUCUCCAUCUCCCCCCGUGUUUGAAUUUGAAACAUACCAUAUGUUCCUGUCUUUACACUCCUCACCAAACAAAACACAGAGAGAUGAUAACCUCAUUCCUUCUGUUUCGGUUCUCAUGAUUCAUCUCUCUCCAUAAUUUAUGUCUUCUCCUUUACACUCAAGUCUUCUUUUUUUUCCACCAAUCAAACCCAGUUCCGAGUUCUUCGCCGGCAUAUCUCUUUCCGACGGUCGGAGAUGAGCAAACUUGUGGUGGAAGUGGUGGGGGCCACCGAUCUGAAGGCCAGAGACGGGGAAGGCUCCGCCAGUCCCUUCGCUGAAGUCGAUUUCGACGAUCAGCGUCAGAGAACGCAGACGCGUCACAAUGAUCUCAACCCUCACUGGAACGAGAAGCUUCUCUUCCACAUCGCCCACCCCAGGCAUCUCCCCGACAAGACCAUCCAAGUUGUCGUUUACGACCACCCCCACCGCAAAUUCCUCGGCCGUGUCCGGGUCUCCGGCUUCUCCGUUCCUUUGUCGGAAUCUGAGGCCACCGUCCAGAGGUACCCUCUCGACAAACGCGGCCUCUUUUCCCACAUCAAAGGCGACAUCUCCCUCAGACUCUAUGUUCUCGGCUCCAAUUAUACCCCGCCAACGCCGGCGGACGAGGAGGCCAAUCAUUUCGAGACCUAUGAAAACCCGUUUGCAGAAAUCGACAGAAACGCUGGUGCCGACGAAGUUCACAUCGAGACGAAAAAGCCGAAGAAGAAGAAAGAAAGCGAAACGAGGACGUUCCAUUCCAUCGGCAAGGCGUCUCCUCCUCCGCCACAGUUCGGAGCGGAUUUCAUGAGGGCUCCGGGCCCGGCGAUGGCCGUGAUGCAGAUGCAGGUGCCGAGGCAGAACCUGGAGUUCCAACUGGUGGAGACAAACCCUCCACUGGCGGCCCGUAUGCGUCAAGCGUACUACUUCCGAAGUGGAGACAAGACAUCAAGCACGUACGACCUGGUCGAGCGGAUGCAUUACCUCUACGUUAACGUCGUGAAGGCCCGUGACCUUCCCGUGAUGGACGUCUCUGGCAGUCUCGACCCUUACGUGGAAGUGAAGCUCGGCAACUACAAAGGAGUUACAAAACACUUGGAAAAGAACCAAAAUCCUGUCUGGAAACAGAUCUUUGCCUUCUCCAGAGACAGGUUACAAUCGAAUCUGCUUGAAGUCACCGUCAAGGACAAAGAUGUUGUGACUAAAGACGAUUUCGUUGGAAGAGUGCACAUCGAUCUCGCGGAAGUUCCUCUUCGGGUUCCACCAGACAGUCCUUUGGCUCCUCAGUGGUACAAGCUCGAGGACAAGAAAGGCAUGAAGACGAACCGAGGAGAGAUAAUGUUAGCUGUGUGGAUGGGGACUCAGGCCGAUGAGUCUUUUCCCGAGGCUUGGCACUCUGACGCUCAUAGCGUGAGCCACUCAAACCUCGCGAAUACGAGGUCUAAGGUUUACUUCUCACCCAAGUUGUAUUACCUCAGGGUGCAUAUAAUAGAGGCUCAGGAUCUUAUGCCCUCCGAAAAGGGGCGAGCACCAGAUGCAGUGGUCAAGGUGCAGGCGGGGAAUCAAAUGAAAGCCACAAGAACUGCUCAGAUGCGGACGAUGAACCCACAAUGGCACGACGAACUCAUGUUCGUCGUGUCUGAACCGUUUGAGGAUAUAAUUGUCAUUUCGGUGGAUGAUAGGGUUGGUCCAGGGAAAGAUGAGAUUUUAGGGAGGGUUUUUGUACUGGUCAGAGACGUUCCCAUGAGGCACGAGACGAGCAAAAUGCCCGAGCCUCGGUGGCUGAAUCUUCAGAGGCCAUCUCUGGCCAUGGAAGAAGAGACAGAGAAGAAAAAGGAGAGGUUCUCCAGCAAGAUCCUCAUAAGGAUCUAUCUAGAAGCGGGGUACCAUGUUCUUGAUGAAUCGACGCACUUCAGCAGCAAUCUUCAGCCAUCUUCAAAGCAUCUAAGGAAGCCAAGUAUUGGAAUUUUGGAGCUUGGGAUUCUCAGUGCCCGGAACUUGAUGCCGAUGAAAGGUAAAGAAGGGAAGACGACGGAUGCGUACUGUGUUGCAAAAUAUGGCAACAAAUGGGUGAGGACGAGGACUCUUCUUGACACACUCACGCCUAGAUGGAAUGAGCAAUACACUUGGGAGGUCUUUGAUCCAUGCACUGUCAUAACCAUUGGCGUAUUUGACAAUACUCACAUCAAUGGCAGUGGUGAUGCCAGGGACCAGAGGAUCGGGAAGCUGAGAGUGCGGCUGUCUACGUUGGAAACCGAGAGGGUUUACACUCAUUUCUAUCCGUUGUUGGUUCUUACACCAUCUGGUCUGAAGAAGAACGGUGAGCUUCAAUUGGCUUUGAGGUUCACCUGCACCGCUUGGGUAAACAUGGUGGCACAAUACGGAAAGCCAUUGUUGCCGAAGAUGCAUUAUGUUCAACCGAUACCCGUAAGGCACAUCGACUUGUUGAGGCACCAGGCGAUGCAGAUAGUUGCAGCCAGGCUGGCGAGAGCCGAACCGCCUCUGAGGCGUGAGAUUGUGGAGUACAUGCUUGACGUCGACUACAACAUGUUCAGUCUCAGGAGAAGCAAAGCCAAUUUUACCAGGAUUAUGUCACUUCUCUCGUCUGUCACUCUGGUCUGCAAGUGGUUCAACGAUAUCUGCACAUGGAGAAACCCAAUCACAACGUGUCUGGUUCACGUCCUGUUCUUGAUCCUCGUUUGCUACCCAGAAUUGAUCUUGCCAACGAUCUUCCUCUACCUCUUUGUGAUUGGUGUGUGGAACUACCGGUUCAGGCCGAGGCAUCCUCCUCACAUGGAUGCUCAUCUGUCCCAAGCAGACCGUGCGCAUCCGGAUGAGUUAGAUGAGGAGUUUGACACAUUCCCCAGCAGUAAACAAUCGGACAUUGUCAGAUUUAGGUAUGACAGGCUGAGGAGCGUAGCAGGUAGGGUCCAGACAGUGGUGGGAGACCUGGCGACCCAAGGGGAGAGAGCACAGGCACUGCUGAGCUGGCGUGACCCGAGGGCCACGACUAUAUUCAUAAUCUUGUCGUUGAUAUGGGCGGUGUUUAUCUAUGUCACACCAUUCCAGGUGAUUGCAAUUGUCGUAGGGUUGUACAUGCUGCGUCAUCCGCGGUUCAGAAGCAAGAUGCCUUCAGUACCUGUCAAUUUCUUCAAGAGAUUACCAGCCAAGUCAGACAUGCUGCUGUAAGAAAAAAGAGUGAGAUGGUAAAUAAAAACAUCAUUGUAAUUAGCGUGUAUAAGAAGAGAAGAUAUAAGCAAUUGCAUACACUGCAGCUCCAGUGGGGGCUGGCUCUCAGAUUCUAUUUUAGUGAAAUAAAUAAGAAAGCCAAUUCUUUUCAGAAUAUGCAUCAUUCAUGUAAAUAAAAGCAACUCGAAACCAAUUUACAUCA